UAGUUUGCAUAAAUUCCUUAGAAAUGUUAACCACCACAUCACAAGAUCAGUCACGUCUGCUUAAAUGGCAUUAUGCAAAGCACACAGGCACCGCUCACUUCAGUCAACCCUUCACACACACCAUCAGCAGCAGUAAAGCAGUUGAACCCUGUCAACACUGAAAGUUUGUCUUGUGAAGAAAUUCACUCUGGUGUACACCUCUCAGCCACCAUGUUUCUAAACGAAGAUCUCGAGUGUGUCGUGUGCUUCGGCGAGUACUCCCGCAGCGGCCGCGUCCCGCGGGUCCUCCACUGCAACCACACCUUCUGCGCCCCCUGUCUGGAGAAGCUGUCCAAGCUGGAGGGCGUCGUCCGCACCGUCUCGUGCCCUCUGUGCCGCUGGAUUACCUGCACCCGAGCCAACCUGACCCUUACCGGGUCCCUGUGGGUCAACACGAACAUCUGGGACCAGAUUGCGAAGGAGCAGCAUGGGAGGAAGCAAGACUCUGUGUGGGAUUUAAACUACACAAAGACAGAUUUAAUGAAGUCGACACUUCAUUCAAGACACUCUGGAUUCAUGAGCACACUCCACAAUAUGUUCAGCUGUGUGCUGCUACAGGAUCGAUAGAUGGGCGCCUACAGCAGCAGUAAAAGAAGAAAUGCCAGCGGGAUCUCCCUUUCUGGUCACAUUUGAACUUGACAGGCCUGCAGACAGACAUCACAGCCCGACAUCAGUGUACCUGAAGAAAAUAAAAAGCAUCAAGUAAAGUAUUUGUAAUUAGUUUCUCAAUUCAACAUUUAAUAUGAUUUAUAUGGUUGUUUUUAUCAUGGUAUGCCUGUCAAGAAAAUUGUUAUUGUCUUAUUAGAAAUAAUCCAUAUAAAUGUAUAUUACUGUACUAAUUAUGUACUAUGUAAAAUCCUACCCGGACACACUAAAAUGUCGCACAAACUCUAAAGCUGUGAAAACUAGAUCCUUUUGAAAUCAAUUGUUUGUCUUUUCUUUCUGUGUUGUAUAGUUUCUUUUAUGUUCUGCGCACCUCAAACUCGCAUAAAUGUUUGGCUGUUGAAAUUCCAUCGUGUACAUAAAGUUUAUUAAAAAACAGCUGAACACAGAGUUUUAACUGUU